AAAUGUCAGAAGGAAACGAUAUACAGCCAAGAAAAGCCAAAGUUCCGAUUGCACGCAGAAUCCAACUUAAGAGAUUGAUGCUUGAAAUUGCAUGCAAGCAACUGGAAAAAGAGAAGAGUGAGCGAGAUACUGAGAAAAGUCGAAUGCUUAAUGAGUGUGUGCCACAAUUUAACAUGUCAAGUCUUUCAAUUCAGGAACUUCAGAAUAUCUGUAAAGAAUUCCAUCAGAAGAUUGAUAGUGUUGAUGCAGAGCGUUAUGACGUUGAAGUUAAAGUGUCCAAGUAUGCCAAAGAGAUUGCAAGCUUAAACCAGAGGAUCUUAGAUCUCAAAGGCAAAUUCAAACGUCCCACCCUACGUCGGGUCAGAGUAUCUGCUGACGAAAUGCUGGGUGCUCUAGCAGAAAACACUUGCAAAACCUCCAUGGAUUUGAGAUCAAAUCUAAAAUCAGUGAGAAAGGAAGAAGAAAAGGAACACAAAGCAGUUGAAGUCCAUGACUGGCGUAAGAAUGUGGAAGCAAUGUCUGGGAUGGAAGGAAGAAAAAAGAUAUUUGAUACCGCUGCUCCUCCUCAGUAA